CUCAGCGCAAUCCAAGAAAAUGACCAAACUGCAGUUUCUAAACGUCUUUUUGACUGAGCGCCUGAUGCUUGCCGCGCAGGAGAUUUACAAAUCUGUUGAGGACACGAUUUUGGAGUACCAAGAGGAGAUAGCGAUCAGGGAGCGGGAGAACGACCAUCUGAGACGCAGACUGCGAGACGCUGGAAUUGAAAUAUGGCCAGAUCGUCCAUCAAUGCCGCUGUUGGACGAGGAGGAUGGUGAGCAUCCACGCCGCGAGUGGAGUCCCAGCAUGGGGCAUGAGGAGCGUAUUCCUAUCCAGAUCAAGGACAAGAGAGACCUUCGGGCCAACCAAGGAGAUGACCAGCUUCGGGCGCACGGCUCUUGCAGCACGCCAGAGAAUAUGUUCACUCCUCCGCAUGUUGGAAAUGAAUACCCACAGGAUGGCCCACACACGUCCAAUCUCCCUCAGAGUCAAGGCGUGGAGAACAGAGAAAGGGAUCCUGGAUCUCGAGGCUCCUCGAGGCAUGUGAAGGCAGAAAGUGGAGGCGGCCACAGAGGCUCUACAUCUUCGAACAGUGGCGCUCAGCCUCUGGCACCAGUCAACCCAAACUGCUCAAAUGAGAACAACAUUGACAUUAUCGGUGUGGAGAAUGGGGGACAGAUGGUUGGUGCUAAGGGAGCUGGAACUGGAGCUAACAGAGGACAGGCGUCUCAUAUGCGUAACCAAGGAGCCAAUGCUGUAGACUGCCCCCAUCAAAAAUCCCCCCUACAAGGCCACAUGUCCUCUUUUUGCUGCAAGGUUUGUGGCGAGGCGUUUAGUCACAUUGGCCACUUGCAUGUACACGUUCAAGUGCACACUCGGGAAAAACCUUAUCGCUGUGGAGUAUGCGGGAAAUGCUGCAGCUCCUCAGGCAGACUCCAGGAGCACCAGCGUAGCCACACAGGAGAAAAACCAUUCCGCUGCCAGAUUUGUGGCAAGGGCUUCACACAGAUGGCUCACCUGAAGGUACACAUGAGGAUCCAUACGGGGGAAAAGCCAUACAGUUGCCCCGUGUGUGGCAAAUGCUUCAGUCGCUCUGACAAAAUUAAAAGGCAUCUUCAGACCCAUAGCCGCGAGGGAACAUAUUUCUCAGGGCAAUGAUGCAAGUGUGUUGUUAAACAACCUGGUUUGUGAAUCAUAUUGAUGUGGGAAACUUUUCUAUAAAAAGCUAAAAUUGCUGCCAUUGACACAAGGCUUUUCUUCCUACUUUCCAAGAACUAGGGAUUCUGCAACGCUUAGAUGACUCUUUUUUUUUAAUCUAACCUAAGACUUCUCAGUCCCUCAGUAGAAUUUGUAUUAGCCAGUUUAGUAUGUCAUUUACUUAAUUUUGUACUUGUCAAUGAGUAUUAAAUCUCUAAGACACGA